AUGGCUGGUUAUAAUAUUCAGUCAUUAUAUGCAACUGUAUCAUCCGUGGUUUCCAACACUACGGAAGCCAUUAUUACAAAUAUACGAGAUAGUUUAAAUAAUCUACCAGUAAAUACAAACACUGAAGCAUUACCAGUAACACCAUCACCAUCAAUGGAUGCACGUGAUUUACGUAAAGUUCAGAUACCUCAAACAAAAGUUGGUUUAGGAUCAAUGGAAGGUGACUUAAUUACUAUGAUGAAAAAAUAUUUGGAAGUUGUUGGGCUUGUCUUUUUUGUUUGGUUGCUUGGAUAUUUCCAUUUUAGUGUAUCAUGGAUUUUAUUAGCCGUAUUUAUAUAUUUAUUUCGACAACGCCAACGUGCUCAAUUCAAAUUACGUCAUCACAUGUUGAGUGAAAUAAAUAAAAAUGAAGAACAAUAUAUUAAAGCUCGUUUAGAUGAAUUACCAUCAUGGGUAUUUUUUCCUGAUGUUGAACGAGCAGAAUGGGUAAAUCGAAUAAUAAAACAAGCUUGGCCAUAUGCAAAUAAAUAUAUUGAUCAAGCUAUUUUUCGUGAUAUAAUGAUUCCAUUAAUUCGAGGAACAUCACCAGCUCUAUCAGAUUUUGCAUUCGAAAGACUUGACCUUGGAGAAACACCACCUAGAAUUGGAGGUAUUAAAGUUUAUACAGAAAAUGUUCGAGAUCAAAUUAUGAUGGAUGUUGAAGUUUUUUAUGCUGGUGAUGCACAUGUUAAAGCAAAAAUAAAAGGAAUUGUUUGUGGAAUAAAAGAUAUUCAAUUUGUUGGUGACGUUCGAAUUAUUUUAAGUCCUUUGAUAAAUACAAUUCCAUUAUUUGGUGCUCUGACAUAUUUUUUUCUUAAAAAACCUAGUAUUCAUUUUAAACUAACCGACGCUGGAACAUUAGUUGAUAUACCUGGUCUUAAUGAUCUAAUGCUUGUACAAAUCAAUGAUAUCGUAGCAUCAUUAAUGGUUUUACCUAAUAGACAAGUUUUUCCACUUGUUAAUGAUAUAUCAAUUGGACAUUUAAGAUGGUCUAAUCCUCAGGGUGUUGUUCGAGUAUUUAUAAUUAAAGCACAUGAUCUUAUUAAAGCAGAUAUAAACCUUCUUGGAAAAGGAAAGAGUGAUCCAUUUGUACGAGUUAAAGCACAAGGUAGUGCGGAAUAUAAAACAAAAACAAUUAAUAAUACGACUGAGCCGGCAUGGAAUGAAGUAUUUGAAUUUGUUGUUGAACAUUAUGAAACUGAUUUUAUUCAAUUUGAAGUAUUCGAUGAAGAUCCUGGAGCAGAUGAUUUCAUAGGAAGAGCUCAAUUUCCUCUAGAUGCACUGGUAGACAAAGAAGCUGUGGAUACAUGGUUAACUUUAAAAGAUGUAAAAAAAGGUUCAUUAAAUGUUUGUUUACAAUAUUUUGGAUUAACAACACAAAAAUCUUCUCUUGCAAUUAUGGAAAAAACAAAUUCGCAAAUGAUGAGACGAGAAAAAUUAUCAAAAGCAUUACUUGUUUGUUAUAUUGAUCGAUGUAUUAAUCUUCCUCGAUCAAAAAAAACUCGUCGAGAACCAAAUCCAUUUUGUAGAAUAAAACUUGAAGGCAAUGAAGUUAAAACUGCAGCAUUUGAGAGUCAAACAAAUCCAAGAUUUGAACAUGUAUCACAACUAUUAUGUGGAAGUCCACUUCAUGAAAAAUUAAGAAUUGAUGUAUGUGAUUCACGAAGUAAUAAUGAUGUUAUUGCAUAUUUUGAAAUACCACUGAAAAAAAUAUAUGAUACCGAGACAAUGACUAUUGAUACACAAUCAUUUCCACUUAAAAGUUUAUCGGAACCAUUAGAUCAAGCAUUUAUUCUUCUUCGUUUAUCACUUUUUAUUUUAUCACCAGGACGUUCAAAUGAAACUCGUAUUAAUCCAUUACCACCACAAUCACCAUCAUCUGGUAGUAUCCAUUCAUUUGAUUCAUUACCAUCAUCAACAACUGAUGUAAAAUCAAAUAUUGUACUAGAAGAUAAUAAGGGUACAAAAUCAAUUGCAUCUGCUUUGCCAUUACAUCCAUCAUCACCUAGUCUUCGUUCAAAAUCAGAACAUCGAUCAACAACAGAUAAAUCUAUUAUUAUAUCAGAUGAUCCUGAUUUACAAACAACAAAAUAUGGUCGAAUAAAACUUGGUAUUCGCUAUACAGUUCAACGUAAAUCUUUAUCAGUAACUGUAUAUUCAUGCAAAGAUCUGAUCAAUGUUCAUGAACAAAACUUACCUGAUCCGUAUAUACGUCUUUAUCUAUUACCAGAUUUUAAAAAAGAUAAAAAGAAAACUAAAUCUAUUCAUGAUCAAAUUCAUCCAAAUUAUGAUGAAUUAUUCGAAUGGGGAGGAUCAUUAGCUGAUAUACGUCGACAACGUCUUUCAUUAAGUAUUAAAAAUAAUUCCCCAUUGUUCGCACAAGAAGAAACAUAUAUGGGUGAUCUUCAAAUUGAUUUAUCGAAUAUUGAUCCAGAAAAAACAAGUGUUGCAUGGUAUGCUUUACAAGAACCAAACACAAGUGGAGGUGGUGUUAUAAAAAUUAAAUAUGAUACAUUAGAAUCAAAUGAGCAUAGCACACAAUUUUAA